AUACAAUCUGCCGUUCUGCAUUCAGUUCGAACGCAAACGCUGAGGAUGUAUGUUGUGUUUCUUGUAUGAUUUUUAAUAGGUACCGGUCGUCGUUUUUUCAGUUUUUCCACGAUCCUAAAUCAGUUGGCAAUAAAAUCGAACACUUUUUCCUAUAAAUUGCAAUAAUCGCUCUUGGAUAAGGUGAAAUGAGUGCAGUGGUCGUCUAUGUGUGAUUAAGGCUUUUUUAAAUCGGAGUGUGAUUUUUUUGUUGUGUGGAAGGUGAGUGAUUAAUUAAAUUGGUAACAGUAACAGUAGUGGCACCCAAAUGCUGGACCGGCGCGGAAACCAAAUCCUGUUUUUACAUGUUUAUGUUCAGGAAGAGACGGAGUUCUUUGACUAGGCGGCUGGAGAAGGCACGAAAGAGGCGAAGCGAUGAAACCUCGCGUACGUUUGAGGAAGCGGCCAAAGGCCUACUCAAAAAAUUGAACUAUGAUCAAUUAGAAAUACUCUGUACGGCCGUGGAUAGUCGCGGUAGAGACGCCUCGAAUUGCGUCCUCUUACCUCCGGAUAAUCAACCGCACGUGCUGUGUUGCCGGACCUGGCGAUGGCCUGAAGUGCACGAAAGUGGACAGCUGAAACGUCUGCCGACGUGCUCUUCCGUCACUGACCCUGUUUAUAUUUGCUGUAAUCCCUAUCACUGGAGUCGCAUUUGUUUACCAGAUUCGCCUCCACCUCCUUACACACGUUUCGCUAUGGAAAGAUUAAAACCUGAAGAUCGAGCGCCAAGUGAGGUUCCUUUAGUAUGCCGAGAUACAUUUCCAGGGUCACUCACCACUGAUGGCGAAGGUGUCUUGAUUUAUACAUCUCUGCAACUGCAAAGGAAAUGGUAGUCUCUGCCUGUCAAUCCGGAUGGUCGCGAACCUGAUGGAAAUUGCACCUAUUUAGUCAAUUUAUAAUGAAUGAAUUCGUCCGUUUUUUGGUUAGUUUUGGCUAAGAUAGUGUUAGUUGUUCCAAAAAUCAAAAUUAUUCGUACAUUUCCCCUGACAUUUCAUGGAAUAUUGUUAGUUAUCUGAUAGGGU